AUGGCUAUCAGAACUGUUGAAAUAGAAUCAAGUGGGGGCGCCUUAGCUAUUCUAGACUCCCUAAAUCCACUCCCUUUCCCACUACUAGCGUCCUAUUCAUUGGACUGUCCAUCCCCUUUGGGAACAUGGAGAAAUCGACAAGGGGUCCAACAGCCCAAGCCAACCUUAACGCCAUGUCCUCUUGACCGCCCUCGACUCGAAUCUACUUCCAAUUUCAAUUCCGAUUUUGCUAGCCUCUACCAACCGCUCCAACGCCCGCUUUCACGAAACUCAGUCAUCACGUUGUCAAGCACAGAAGAAGCCAACGACGGUUCGUCCGUCGGGCUGGAUAUCGAGGAGCAAGACCACGCCCACGACCACAAUCAAGAGCGCGCAGAGAAGCUGGACGAGAUAAUAUCCCGCGCACAUUCACCACCUCCCCGAUACCCCAAUUCCGAACCCUCAGGCUCAGCCCCCGCCUCCCCUCGACCACCGCCCUUUUCCUCCCUCUAUACAUCGACCGCCGAAGCCGUAGAGGCAUACAAAUCCGCUGUCACUGAAGCCGGCGCCUCCGGAUCUGUCCCAGCAUACGCGCCCAUCGGAACCGAAGCACACCCCUCAUCAACCUCUCUAGACGUUGUUGCGGAGACCAAGGCUGCCCUUCCCCAGGAUACCAAAGGAGAAUCUUCAAAGAAGGACGACGAUUCAGAGCCGCCGCCUGCCUACUCCGAGGGCUCUAGCCCGCUUGAAUCUUUCACCUACGUGAUGGCGGCCGCUGGAGGAGCUGCGAGUAUAAUUACUCAGGUGCAGCAAGGUGGUGCGCCACCUAUUAAUACUUUGGGGGAUGUCGGCGCUGAUGAGAAUAUUACCAUGGAUCUUCGGGGCCAACGGUUCACACUAUCGCGCGAUGAACUUUUAACUCUCCCCGAAUUCGUCCUUCUCUCUCUUUUCCCCAAUGGCCUUCUCCCAGAUGGCCAUCUGAGCACAUACCAUGAAGGCGACGCUUUCCCCGUCGAUUACGAUCCUGCCUCCCUGCAAUACAUGCUAGAUUUCUUUCGCAAUGUAGCCCAAACAAUCCCUUCCGGCUCGAAUUCACCAUCCGCGGGCCCCGAAGCAGAUGCUAUACCCAUUGAGCCGAUGGCCGGAUCCGCGAGAGAGAUGUUACAAGAUCGAGCGGGGAUAAUUGUGCUGAGAGAGGAUCUUGAUUUCUACGUCAUCCCGCCACGAGCAGAUAUCGAGCAGCCGGAGAUGAUAGAGGUGAAGCGAGCAGCUGGGAAGGCCCUUCUGAAGCAAGAUGGGAUUUUCUCUGGAUUGAGACGGAGCGAGGAGACGGGAACUACGGAACAGCAUCUAAUUGAGAUGUUGACUGCUGGAGGAUUCAACCACGAUGACCACUGGGGUCACCGCGCCAACGAGCCAAAUAAAGCCGUUAUAUGCAGUCUCGCACUCGCCAGACUCCGCACCGAUAUCCGAGGUGCAGAAAUGGGAAGCAACGCCGUAGGAAUGGCCCAAAAGCUUCUACUCUUCUGGCGAAAACCGGCACGGAGAUGUUGGUGGGAGGGCGUUGAAUUAGAGAAUGUGGAUGGCGUGGAUGGCACAUUGAAGGUUUGGAUUAGGAGGGUGUGGACUCUAGAGAUGAGCGUUAUUGGGCUGCGUUAA